GGCGAGGGAUCGACGCGCGAGAUGGAGACGGUGCGCGCGUACGUGGCGCGGAUGAAUCGGCCGCUGAACGCGACGAACGUCGGGGACGCGCUCGGCGCGAGCGGGGUGAAGAAGGGGCUGGCGCAAAAGUAUUUGGACGCGCUGGUGGAUAACGGGGCGAUUCGAGUGAAGGAUGCGGGCAAGCAAAAGGUGUACUACGCGACGCAGGACGACGAGGUCGCGGACGCGGAGGCGCUGCGAGCGAUGGGCGCGGAGGCGGUGGCGGUGAGCGAGGAAAACGCGCGCGCGAGCGCGGAGGUCGGGCGGUUGCGAUCGCAGUUGCGAGCGCUGCGGAACGUGCAGAGCGUGGAGGCGAUGGCGGCGGCGAGACGCGACGUCGAAGACGAAAACGAGACGCUGGAGAAGAAGAUCGAACCGUUGCGGCGAGCGAAGGCGAACGGAGAGGUGAUCACGGAGAGUGAGCGCGUGAAGAUUGAGGACGCGUUUUUGAAAGGGAUGGAGGCUUGGCUCGAUCGUCGACGAAAAUUCAACAACUUGUUUGAGACGGUUCUCGAAGGCACGGGGGAAAAGAAACAAAAGCUGUGGGGGGAUAUCGGCGCCGAGACUGAGAAAGACGUCGGGAUCGAUUACGACAAGUAUAGAAACAUUUACGAUGAUCUCAAGAAGCAACGCCUCGCCGAUUCGCGAGCAAAGCGCAUGAAGCGAUGA